CGGAAGACAAAUCCUCCAGCUACAGCGAUGCACAGGACAGGGCUACCAACAACCACCGGCACCCUCAGGAGUAUAGUCAGUAGACACUCUGGUCGUCCAUCACUCCCUCGGUUAAUAGCAUAUAUCGCAUUAUGGCAAGCCCACCGCCACUACUCUACUCCAAGCACCAGCACCAACAUCAGCAACAAUAGUUCCGCUAAAUAUGCCAACGAACCCGACUGUCCAGAGCUUCCAUCAGAGCCGUCGUGGUCACUCAGUUCGUUGCUUGAGAGACGCGACGCCCUGAACACAACCCCAGACCACAGCCGGGACAUCACCCCCGAGACCAUCAGUCAACUUCUCGACCUUGCCCAUCUCCAUAAACCGAAGGACGUUCAGGAACUUAAGCGGCUUGAGCGGGAUGUCCGCCGGAUGCGUAACUUUCUAAAUUAUAUCCGGUCCCCAGACCAUCCUACUUCGGCUUCGGUCGAGAGUCUGAGAUCUUUGGUCGAUGAUGGCGAGGGGUUGCAGUUGAGGCAGAACAUAGUAUCGACAGAGUCUGUUGCUGCUUCGAAGGAAGAUGAACAGGACCUGAUCCAUAGACGGGAUGAGCUGCUUAAGCGACCAAAACGAGUCAAGGGCAACUUCUUUGUAGUCGGUACCGCUCUUGACCCCAAAGAAGACAAUUAAACAAGAUUCAUU